AUGAAGUGGCUCAGCAAGGCAGGCACUUCUGUCUUGAUUGCGGCCAGGUUCUGGGUCACGCUCCCAUAUCAGCAUAUGUUUAUAUAUUGUACUCUUCGGCCGGCCCAAGAGAUCCAGGCUGUUGCAAACCUGGAUAUAGAAGUACCGGCAAAUCGAACGACACUACUGAAGGCCGUCAAGACUUGGCGGGCAGGGAAAUGGGACGAACUGACUCGUAUAAUAGUCGGGGCAUUUGCCUUGACAGCCAUUGUCACUGCAUCCCUCUCUUGGGCAAGCAUCCAGACUUCACACUGGACCGGCCCAGCUUUGUGGUACGCGUCGCUGGCGCUGUGCAUCCUGGGAUUCGGUGUCGCGUCGCAACAGCAACUAUUACUCCUGUUGCUCGACGAGGAAAAGGCUUUGGACGUGGAUAAUCCCGUCGACGCAGACUCGGCAAAGAAGGUCAUACUACGACAUCUGAAUCAGAUCCUGGCGCUAAAGAGGUUGACCCAGCAGCAUCUUCCUAGUAGUACAGAUGUUGAAGCACAAGCUGGCGCAUCAACACAGGGGAGUCAACCAAGCAGCAGCAGCAGCAAAGCAGGUGCCGUAGUACCCGUGGUGGUCGGAACGGCGACAGCUGCUGGGCAAUCCUCGCCGCCGCCGCCGCCGCCGCAAUGGGUGUUGAGCGCACGAAGAAUGUUUUUCUGGCAAUGCUCCAUCAUGGUCAUGUCGUGGUCAACCGGCCUUUACCUGAUCGGGCUGUCGAUUGUCGUGUGCACACCGAUUUUGGAGAGGAGGCCGUGGGAUUCCGAGUCGUAUGUGGCGGUUCCGUACAUAAUCUCCCUGGGGCUGGCGGCGUUUAUGGUGACCUUCAUUUCGUACGAGGCAUAUGACUAUGUCCCUGUGCCGGAGGACGCCGACCGAACUUUUCUGCAACAAGUGAGGCGGCGAGUUAAAGAUCUUGCAGAGGGGAGAGAUCCUUUUCAGCCCAGGGAAAAUCGCUAG